UUUCUCUCUAUCAGGACCCUUAGCAUCGCACCUCUUUCCGUAGCUAGUCACUCUUUGCAUUUCAACUGCUAGCGCACCUCCUCUUGAAUGCCUCUCUCCGACCCCCGCCCCAAGCUACUGAAAAAGGAAACAUGCGCACUUCAGAGCUAGGAGCUGUCCGAGUGCUGAAAUUUAUAGGCUGGGUAAGAUCACGUCUCCGUCUCUUUCUGUAGCCCUCAUUCCAGCACAGGAUCUCAGCAUUUUCCCCCUUUCCUCCAAACACUCCAACGCACAGAAUCUUUUCUUCUCCCUCAUUUACAACUUAUUUUAAAAAGAGAACAUUUUCUAAAGAAAGGGGCUGUGCUGAAUAGAAAAGAUAUAAAACAAAAGCCACAGCAGCCCGACUUACAGCAUGGCAUUGUCACCAGCCCCCUUUGCAUGGUAAUGCGAUUAAGGUAGCAGCAUUUUUAUUAUUCAGGAAAAGCAGCUAGGGGAUUCAUCAGUUCUGAGGCUUUGUCUCUCCUGGGCUAACUGAUGGUCCUGAGCCUCGGUUUGACCUGACCAUGAUGCCCAAGACUGGCACUUUUUGUUUUUUCUCAGCAAACUGUUCAACCCCAGAUCUCUUUUUGAUUUUCAAGGAAACUAGAUUCCUGCCAGAUUUUGAAUCUAGACAGUAAAUAGAUACUUUGUUCUAGUCUUCUUUCUGGAAUCAUUUUGGGAUAUUUUCCACAAGCAUCACAGAAACAGGAAUGAACCGGCAGCUAGUGAACAUUUUGACAGCCUUGUUUGCAUUUUUCUUAGGGACAAACCACUUCAGGGAAGCUUUCUGCAAAGACCAUGACUCCAGGUCUGGAAAACAUCCCUCGCAGACCCUAUCUCCUUCAGAUUUUUUGGACAAAUUAAUGGGAAGGACGUCAGGAUAUGAUGCAAGAAUCAGACCAAAUUUUAAAGGGCCUCCUGUAAAUGUUACCUGCAACAUAUUUAUCAACAGCUUUGGGUCAAUAGCAGAAACUACAAUGGACUAUCGAGUGAACAUUUUUCUGAGACAACAGUGGAAUGAUUCACGACUGGCAUACAGUGAGUACCCGGAUGAUUCCCUGGAUUUGGAUCCAUCUAUGUUGGAUUCUAUUUGGAAACCAGAUUUGUUCUUUGCCAAUGAGAAAGGGGCCAAUUUCCAUGAUGUCACCACUGACAACAAGUUGCUGCGUAUUUCCAAGAAUGGCAAAGUACUCUACAGUAUCAGACUCACCUUGACUUUAUCCUGUCCCAUGGACCUGAAGAACUUUCCAAUGGAUGUCCAGACCUGUACAAUGCAGCUAGAAAGCUUUGGGUACACCAUGAAUGACCUGAUAUUUGAGUGGUUAAGUGAUGGUCCUGUACAAGUUGCGGAAGGACUCACCCUGCCCCAGUUUAUUCUGAAGGAAGAGAAGGAGCUCGGCUACUGCACAAAGCAUUACAACACUGGCAAAUUUACCUGCAUAGAGGUCAAGUUUCACCUGGAGCGCCAGAUGGGCUAUUAUUUGAUCCAGAUGUACAUUCCCAGCCUGUUGAUAGUCAUUUUGUCCUGGGUCUCUUUUUGGAUAAACAUGGAUGCAGCCCCUGCCAGGGUUGCCCUUGGCAUCACAACAGUCCUAACAAUGACUACCCAGAGUUCAGGUUCCAGAGCAUCUCUGCCAAAGGUCUCCUAUGUGAAAGCGAUUGACAUCUGGAUGGCUGUGUGCCUACUGUUUGUGUUUGCUGCCUUACUAGAGUAUGCAGCAGUGAACUUUGUCUCCAGGCAACAUAAGGAGUUCCUUCGUCUACGGAGACGACAGAAGAGGCAGAAUAAGGAAGAAGACGUUACUCGUGAAAGUCGUUUUAACUUCAGUGGUUAUGGGAUGGGUCACUGCCUCCAAGUGAAAGAUGGCACAGCUGUCAAGGCUGCACCUGCCAACCCACUCCCACAACCCCCAAAAGAUGCAGAUGCUAUCAAAAAGAAGUUUGUGGAUCGGGCAAAAAGGAUUGACACCAUAUCUCGAGCUGCCUUCCCACUGGCCUUCCUAAUUUUCAACAUCUUUUACUGGAUCACAUACAAGAUCAUUCGGCAUGAAGAUGUCCACAAGAAAUAGAUGUACCCUAUUGACCCUGGGACCUUCUUGCCUACAUGUUGUGCUUGUAAAUACACAGUAAUAUUGUCUUUAUAUCACUUUGUCAGAGAAGAACAUUGAGGGAGGGGGGAGGGAGAUCAUGAGGGUGGGGUUUCUGGCACCUACAUGAAAAAAGACAAGUUCUAUGGGCAAUGAAGAAAACUGCACAAAAUUAAGGUGUUGCAGAAUCACAUGAGUAUAACUAUCAUCCAUAGUCUUUAGCAUUGUUCUUUAAGAUGACACAUCACUCAGACAUGAUGUGCAAGGUCAAGUUCUUGAGG